UCGCGCGACGAUAGCGGAGUCGGCGGUACAGCGCCGUCUGCGCGCCCGCACCACGCGCGCCCCGUCGGGCGCCUUGGGCUAGAUUCCCGCGCGGCCACUCAGGAGCGCGCGCCGGGGGGCUGCCCGCCCCGGCCAACAACGCUCGCGGCGGGGGGCGAGGCCCACCCACCGAAGGGCCGCGGGCGCCCGGCUCCGGUUCAAAAAUACAGAGGAGCCCCGGCGGCCGCGGCGCGGUAUGAAAACGAAGGUCUUGUGCCUCACCGUCGCGUCCGCCGCGGCGGACGCGGGCCGCCGCCGCCUCGGCGAGCCCAUGGACGACGCCACCAUCCGGACGGCCGUCGACCUCUGGCUCUCGAACCGCGCCGCCGCCAUGGCGACGUACGGCCACGUCUCGACGUGGGAGACCGGGGCCGUGACGGACAUGUCGUACCUGUUUUGCGCCGCGCACGAGCGCUUCGGCGCCUGCAGCCCGGCCGCCGAGGCUUUUAAUGAUGACAUUGGCGCGUGGGACACCUCGAGCGUCACGGACGUGAGCUACAUGUUCGCCGGGAGCCCGAAUUUCAACCAGGACCUCGGCGCCUGGUCGGUCGAUAGGGUCACGGACCUGCGCGGCAUGUUCGACGGCGCCGCGGCCUUCGACCAGGAUUUGGGGUGGUGCGUGGCCGGCGACGCGGCCCAGGACGGCGCCUUCGCCGCGAGCGCGUGCGCGGCGGCGGCGUGCGGGACAUCGAAGGGCACGCGGCUCUACGCCAAGGACUGCGGCGGCGGCGACGACGGCUGCGGCGGCGAUUUGCUGGUCGGCGACGGCCAUUGUGGCGGCGACUGGCAGUGCGCGGGCGACCUGCGCUGCGGUAUUGGUAAUUGUGGCGACUUCCGGGGCGGCGCGGACUGGGACCCGUCUGAGAGCGGCGCCCACUGGGACCUCGCCGACGACUGCUGCUACGAGCCCGGCGUGGUCCACGCCGCGCCCGAGGCGCUGCGCGUCGUCUGCCCGGCGCCGCCGGAGAAGAGCGAGGGCAGGAAGGACGCCGACGACGACCACGCGACAGCCAUCACCGCCGGCGUCGUCCUGGGGCUGGUGCUCCUCGCCUUCUGCGCCUCGCAGCGGCGGCGGCUCCGGAAGCCCGAGCCGCCCAGGGCCGCGGACCCCGAAGCGGGCAAAGCGGAGCCGACGCACGACCUGCAGCGCGAGAACGACGCUCUGAGGGAGACGAUCCAACGCCUGCACGACGACCUCGCGAAGGCCACGGCGGGCGUCGGGGGCGUCGUCGUCGCCCUGGAGGCCGGCGCGCGGACCGAGGCGUCGACGGACGACUUGACGCGCGAGAACGAGGCCCUCCAGGCGACGAUCCAGCGGCUGAACGAUCAGCUGGAGAGGGCGACGGCCCCGGAGGGCGUCGAGUUCCUGGACGUGGGCACGAACACGGACACGGGCGGCCUCGCGGACCUCGCGCUCGAGUUCGACGCGUCGAGUUUGAGUUCCGGGUCGGGGUCGGACGCGGGGACCGCCUCCUCCAAGGCCGGCUCCGACGUGCGCCGGGAGGACAUCACGCGACCCUCCUGGCCGGAUUACCACGGCAAGAUGACCCCGGGCGCGAUGGAAGCCGGCCUCGCCGACGCGGGCGACGCCGACCAGAACGGGUCGCCGCGGACGCCGCCGAAGUCGGUCGAACACCAGCUCCUCCUCGAAUACAAAAAAUUGAAGAAGGCCCAGCGCCAGAAGCGGCAGAACGAGGAAAAGGCACCGGAAGCGGAACCGCCGGACCAGGCCCUCUCCUACGACGACGUCGUCACGGGACGCCGGGACCGCACGGGCGAAACGUGCAACCCUAGUUAA